AUGGCAAACGAAGUACAGCCGCACACCGAAACAGUGGAAAUCAAUUCCUUUCAACAUACAUCUUCUGGUAGAAAUGUUCUUUCUGCAGCUUUUCAUCCGCCAGAGGAUGAUAUUGAAUCCGAUGAAAGAGCUCCUUUAUAUCAAAAUCCACGACACUCUACAGACACAGAACCAGAUGCUGUAGAAUCAGAAACUCAUCUUUCUUCUGAAAAUAUAUCCUCAGAUGGAAGAUCCCCGCAUUCACCACAUGCUGCUUCAAGUUCAACUUCCCGUCAACCCAGAACCCACUAUGUCGACAGCGUCUUUUCCAACCUUUCUGCUAAACCAACUGCAGAGCCUGAAAAAGAGAACGAAGAACCUCCUACCUAUGAAGAAGUUGCAGCUGAUAUUGCGCCGCCUUAUUGGGACACCACAAUGGUGGUUCCGAGCUUUGGAACCAACGAAAUUUACAUCGAUGGAAUGACGGUUGGUUCACCAAUUGCCUUUUUUUGGAGUGCUCUAGUAUCUUUUAUAUUUCCUUUCGUGGGCUUUCUUGUCACUUACGUUUUGUCUGCGACCCAUUCCGGUCGCUACGGAUCGCAGAUCGGCUUGACCAUGACCCUAUUGCAAAGAGGAUACAAUAUGGUGGUUGAAAGUGGAAUGCUGCAAAAUGAUGGUAACGAUGUUUCAGAUGAUUCUGAUGAAUUACCACACCAAAAGUUGAUAGGUUGCAUUCUUUUAAUAACCGGUUGGUGUUUUUUCUUAGUAGACACUAUUAAUUUUAUUCGCAUCCGCCGGACAAAGAAUGCUAUCCAACAAACAAAUCCCGAAAAUGUGGCGCCUGAAGCUAUUGUUUAA